AUGGCGUUGCCAAUCCUGGGGAGAAAGCUUCCGGUGGACAGCUACACGGAUUUCCGACACCCGCAGCAGACGGACCAGCAAUCGUGCUUGAUGGCGUGCUGCUCACCUGCGGCCCUGUCGACUUUGCCAUCUGACUUUGGGCAGCAGGGGCCGCAACAGCAUCACCAACCUGAUACAUGCUCGUUUCCUCCGGCGGUUUGCGCCCUCCCUCAAGAGCAGCAACGGCAUCAUCAUCAUCAUCAGGAACAGCAACAACAACAGCAGCAGCAGCAGCAACAGCAGCCGCAGGACCUGCAAGACCACCAGCACGGGGGUCGGCUUCUCUCGCCAACGCCAGCCUGCAGCAGCAGCGACGCCGGCGGCGCCUAUAUGAGGCCGUACCUGUCGUCGUCGUCGUCGUCGCAUCAACAGGCGAGAAGCGAAUCCAUCUGGCCGUCGCCUCCACUUGGACCGGGGGACAUCCAGAGCUGUAUAUCAUACCGCGACUCGCCCGUCUGCGGCAGCGCCCACCUAUCCUACUACACCACGUCGCCUGCGUCCCCCAGUGGAUGGUCAUCCGCUUCAUAUCCUCCCCCGUCGACGGCGCUGUUCGAUCCGCGAAACUCUGGCGAUCAGGCACUCUUCCGACUGCGCACCCCCGUGUCGGCGCAGGAGCUCCCGGCCCAGCACCAGCCAGACAUGACGUCCUCUACCCCUUACACGCCGGGCUUUGGCGCGGAAGCCGACGCGGACAUCUCAGCUGGCCUGGGCAUGUCGGCGGCGGUGCCUCUUGAGGAGAUGGCCAGACGCGUUGCCACCCCGUCGCCUUGGCUGACGGACGUUUCAGUUGCGUCUGUCAUGCCUAGAAUGGUGGCGCGGUCGCCGAUACCUUUUACGACGAAGUCGUUCAAGAGGGCUGCGGCAAGGCGCGAGGGAGAGGAUGCAGGGUUCAUGAAGUUGAGGAGGGCCACGCCCAAGCUUGCUUUUGCCCCUGCCCCUGCCCCAGCCCCAGCCCCGACCUCCGCCCCAGUCGAAGCCGUCACCAUCCCAGACGACCCCGUCCAGACGGCGACGACGGGCGCCGGCGCCGUUGCUGUCGCGCACGAAGAGAAGAGCGACGAGCCGUACGCGAAGCUCAUCUACAGAGCGCUCAUGAGCCGGCCGGACUACACCAUGACCCUGCAGGAGCUCUACCAGUGGUUCCGGGACAACACCACCAAGGCCAAGAACGAAAAGGGCGGGUGGCAGAACAGCAUCCGGCACAAUCUGAGCAUGAACGGGGCCUUUGAAAGACGCGACCGCAAGCGUGCAAAUGGCUCGGAGCCCUCAACGUGUACAGAAAAGACGGGCGAGUCCAACAAGCGGGCCAACGAAUGGGUGCUGGCCGAGGCCGCCAUCGGGAAGGGGGUGCAGAGCACGACCAGGUACCGCAAGGGCAACUCUGGGCGGCGCUCGAGCAGACGCAGCGCCAGCACCAGCCAGCCAGCGGGGGACCUUGUCGGCCGGGGCAGCAACAGCAGAAGCAGCCACCAACGCAGCUCGAUCAAGGCGCUGUCGGGCCAGAAGGGCGGCUGCGCGGCCAGGAACGCGCGGGUCACCAGCCACCUGUACAGCCAGGGGCUGUCGCUGGCCGACGGGCGCCAGUACCGGCUGAUCAAGAGCGGCCUGGGCUCGCCGCCGCCCUCAAGCAUGCCGGACGCCUACUACUCGAUGCCCAUCGCCCUCCCGCGGUUCGAUACCAUGGCGGCGGCGCACGGGCACGAUUUUGUUGGAGCCCCAGACACAGCAGCAGCCUCGGAUCUCUUCGGGCUGCAGAUGACGGCAUCAGGACCACGCGCCGGCGGCGGCAGCGACGUCUCUGCCUCGUACAUGGGCCACCAUCAUCACUCACAGGAGCAGCCGCUAUACGUACCGGACUUCCCGUAUAACAUUGCAGAUGUCCAGGUCCAGCUGGACUACUCGGGCGAGGACGGCAGCGCCGACCUCGCGGCCCAGCUGCGGCGAUAUGAGGCCAUGACGGGCACGCCCAGGGUCGGCUGGGCCAGUCCUCACGGCAUAUGA